AUGAAGUUCUGCUCCGCUAUCCUCACCGCUUUGGCCGUCGCCUCUUCUGUUAUUGCUGCCCCAGCUCCAGCUGCCGCCAUUAAAGUCCCUACUAUUUCUCUCCCAAUUGCUGCCAUCCAGUCUUCUAUUGUCCUCCAACUUGAGAACGCUCUCUCUGGAAUUGCGGCCCUUGCCUCCUCUGCUGCGGAUGCUCCGGAUGCUCAGGUCUCUAAUGUUGUUAGCUCUGUUGUGGCUGUCGUCGAGGCCCAGCAAUCCGGUAUCGCUGCUGCCAUCAGUUCUAUUGUUGGUAAGAAUACAGGUGUGAUCCCAAGCUCCCUUCUUGCUCAGGAGACCAUCAUCCAGUCUGCGUUGGGUGAAGUUCUCGCUGCUGCCACUGGUGCUCUCUCGUCUGCCAGCUCUCCAGCUGAAGCUGUUACUGUUAUCACCUCUGCCCUUUCUAGUGUUACCAAUAUCCUCUCGGCCGCUGUGUCCACCGUUACUGUCCUUAUUACCGGUCUUAUCGCCGGUGUUGCUAACCCAACCACUCUUCCGGCCAACCUUUCUGUUUCUCUCCAAUAUGCUUUGAGCGCGCUUACCAGUGCGCUCACUGGCACCCUCCUUGGUGGCCUUUUGGGUGGACUUACCGGUGGACUGGGUCCUGACCCCGUCACUGGUAUUUUAUCUACCGUUGUCGGCCUUUUGGGCGGUAUCACAAAUUCUAACCCUCUCUCUGGUCUUUUGGGCGGUAUUGUGACCGGUGGUACUAACCCACUCUCGGGCCUCUUGGGCGGUUUGUAG